AUGGUACCUUCCGAGCCAAACACACCGAAGAAAUCGGUAAAUAACAGUAACAACACGAAUGCUGACAAGAAGAAACGACGGAAACUGAAACAGAAAAAGCGCAAGCUGCUGAUACCUACAACUACAGUUUCACAAACACAAUUGGGCCCUUCAGUAUUGGCAAGUCCUCGACAACAAACCCUAAUGAGACAUAAACUCGAUGAUGACUCUGACAAAUCGCACCCAGUCACCCUCCUUAAACAAUUGAAACGCCAUACGCCUCCACAAGAAGUCGAACCAGAUAUUUCCAUGCCUGAUAUUGCCCACAAACUAACACUAUUCAAGUACAAAACAGGAACAAUUAUUCAGUUUCUUGAUCAGAUAAAACAUAACUCAAGCGGAACAUUACUUGCACAAGGUGAAAUUGAAAUAUUUCAAUUACAUAAUGGUGAUGUGACGUAUUUAUCAUGCGGGAAAUCAUUCAUAUAUCCCUUGUUGCCCAAGAUUAAGAUCCUUCGUGCUAGUUUUAACCAAUUCAUAAUCCCAUUAGUCAAUCCUGAACGAUAUUGGAGGUUGAGUGUAACUACAGAAGAAACAAACGUGGUGGAUCUAUUAGAAACUACGUUUGAAAAGUAUGCCCAAUAUCGAAACUUGUAUGUUCUGGGACAACGCCUGAUCCUGCCACAGACUCUAGUACAAGCACUGCAACUAACACCCGUUCAAGCCAAAUCACAUUUCACUCUUGAUGACACAAUACCCGAAUCUCCACCAUCAGCACCAAUCUCCCCACGACAAGAAGCAAUAAGUCCGCCCCGUUUCGCGUUACAUGAUCCUAUACCAAGCCACCUUAUCCACCAUCCUACCCCGCGGGUCAAUCCCAGUUACAACCCGUUUCAUCCACCAAUACCCCAAGACAACAACAUUGACAACAAGUCCGAUCUAGAUUCGCUUCUUGAUGAAUACGAACAAACACUCGAGGCUACAACCAGAGCUAAUUCAAUCGUACACGAAGGAAGAUCAAGGCGAAGUUCAAUUAGUGAAUUAUAUACACAAGAAAGUGGGUGGAUGGAGCCUACACCGGCACCAGCGCCACAACGCACGACUGCUCCUGUUACGAGAGGAAUACCGAAGUCACGAAGUAUCUAUAGUAUGAACAGUUAUCGGAGCUACGACUUGAAUCAUAUUUACAAUACUGUGCGUCAUGGAAAUCAGGAACGGGAGGAAUUGAAAUCAGCCAAAAGUAUGUCGAAAUUACCCCAUGAUUAUCAAACAAGGCUCUCAUCACGACGAUCCUCAGCCAUUGCCCAUCCGUUAGUUCCGUCAGCACCGGUUGCUCCUACAUCUGCAACCACCCAACUUAAUUCCAAGGAAAUAUUUAAUAUGCUUAGUUCAAAACCUACGCCUCCACGUACUACUAGUUUUGCCGCAAGAUUAUUCGGAUGGGGCUAA